AUGGCCGGGUCACUACAAAAGUACCCUUCGCCGCUCAGCGGUUUGAGGACGCCGCACCACUACCAACAGACUUGGGCGAAGAUGGAAAGAGCUUUCGAUAUUCACAUUUACCAUUUCCAGAACAACCCCGCGCAGGUCAAGCAUGCAAAGGACCUGUGGGAGCGCAUCAGGAGAGAGUUCCCUGAGCUUCGAGUGUACCGCUUCUGGGACAAGCCCAUUGGUCCUCACCCUGUCGCCAUGUUCGAGGUCAACCUGUUCACGCCGGCUCAAUUUGGCGCAUUUAUCCCGUGGCUGGCUAUCUACAGAGGUCCCUUGUCAGCACUUGUGCAUCCCAACACCGAUGAAGAGGGAAAUGAGGCGGCCGUCGAGCUGAGGAACCACACGGAGCGGGCCAUUUGGCUUGGAGAGAGGAUCCCCCUUGACUUGACUGGCUUUCAACCCUGA